AUGUUGGUGGCGGCAAAGCUUUUCGUUGUUGCUUGUGCUGCAAGUAGUGGCGAGCACUGUCACAACACCGACUUGACGAGAAGCGUCGUGCGGUCGGUGAUGCUGGAGAUGGGCGGUGCGUGGGAAGAAGGAGAAGGAGGAGAAGAAGAAGGCGGUGCAGAAGAGAAGAAACUUAUUUGCCGGGUUUCAUUUUGCAUAGGAUCGGAGCUUGAGAAGAAGAGGAAGGAGAGGGCUCAGGCUACAUAUGAAAGGAAGAAGCAGUUGACCAAAUUGCGGAUCAAAGCAGAGAAAGUGGCCGAGGAGAAACUUGGUGGUCAACUCGAUAUUAUUGCUCCAAUCAAGUACUGA